CUCUCUCUAUACUUUGCUUAUCUCUCUUUCUCUCUCUCUAAAGAAGGAUGAAGAUUUUCGUGAAGACUCUCAAAGGGACAAACUUCGAGAUCGAAGUGAAUCCGGCGGAGACGAUCUCUGAUACUAAAAAGCGUAUAGAAACUCUUCAUGGUGCGCAAUACCCAGCUGCUCAGCAGAUGCUGAUCCACCAAGGAAAAGUUCUCAAGGAUGAGACUACGUUGGAAGAGAACAACGUCGUUGAGAACAGUUUCAUUGUUAUCAUGUUGUCCAAGGCCAAGGUUUCUUCAAGUGGGGCAUCAACUGCAUCUGCACCUGCUCCAGCACCUAGUGCUACUCAGGCUCAACCUGCACAGACGGUAGCUACACCUCAGGUUGCUACUCCAACUGCCUCAGUUCCAGAGCCUUCAAGUGGAGCUGCAACCGGUGCAGCACCUUCUGCAGCCGCUGCUUCGACUCAGACAGAUGUUUAUGGACAAGCAGCGUCAAACCUUGUUGCUGGAAACAAUCUAGAGUCCACUGUUCAGCAAAUUCUUGACAUGGGUGGAGGUAGUUGGGACCGUGACACUGUUAUCCGUGCCCUUAGAGCCGCCUUUAACAACCCUGAAAGAGCUGUCGAAUAUCUGUACUCAGGAAUCCCUGCUCAAGCUGAAAUCCCACCAGCCCCUCAAGCCCCAGCUACUGGUGGACAGGCAGCAAACCCUCUAGCACAGACCCAACAAGAAGCUGCUCCAGUGCCUGCAACUGGUGGUCCUAACGCUAAUCCGUUAAACCUGUUUCCCCAGGGCAUGCCCGCUGCAGAUGCUGGUGCUGGAGCUGGUAAUCUUGAUUUCCUACGUAACAGUCAACAGUUCCAAGCCUUGAGAGCUAUGGUACAAGCAAACCCGCAAAUUCUACAGCCUAUGCUUCAAGAGCUCGGUAAACAAAACCCGCAGCUUGUGCGACUCAUCCAAGAGCACCAGGCUGACUUCCUACGCUUGAUAAAUGAACCUGUCGAGGGAGAAGAGAAUGUCAUGGAACAGUUGGAAGCAGCAAUGCCACAAGCUGUUACCGUCACACCUGAAGAGCGUGAAGCCAUUGAACGGCUUGAAGCGAUGGGGUUUGAUCGUGCGAUGGUCUUAGAGGUGUUCUUUGCGUGUAACAAGAACGAAGAACUUGCAGCUAACUACCUUCUAGAUCACAUGCAUGAGUUUGAGGAACAGUAAUGGAAAGAAGAAAUCCAUUCCGCCUUCCUAAAACUCAGAGACCCAUCUUUAUGCUUCUUCUUGUUUUUCAUUUGCUUGUAUGAGAUAAUCUAUCUUCUCCGAUGCGUUUGACAAGUUUCAUGUUUUUAUGUUCAUGGGAGUUGAUGUGUUUAUGUUACAUUUUUAAAACUUAUCAUAUUAUAGCUUUAUCUGGUUUGAAGACG